UCCGGCUCCACCGCGCGCUCUGCCACUACAAGGCUGCGCCGCCCGCUGAUUGGCCGAGGCGAUGACAGCUCGGCGUCCUAUUGUAGGGAGAAGGCCCCGCCCCCUCCAGGGCCCUGGGACCAUUCAUAAAACUAAGUAACUCGCGCACUGGCGCUGACAUUCCGCCGUAGCCUGUGCCACCCCUGCGUGUGCCAGCCCGGGCCUGCCCCACAACUUGUCAGACGAUGCCCCUGAGCGCAGCGGCGUGACAGCACCAGGACUCAGCCACCGUCCCCGGGACCACCGCGUAGUAAAGCAUUGGAUCCCACAACGUACUGCGAGCCGCCGGUGUACAGCCCGGACCUGUGCCCCAACAUGAUCGCCGCCCAGGCCAAGCUGGUCUACCAGCUCAACAAGUACUACACGGAGCGCUGCCAGGCCAGGAAGGCGGCCAUCGCCAAGACCAUCCGCGAGGUGUGCAAGGUGGUGUCCGAUGUGCUGAAGGAGGUGGAGGUGCAGGAGCCGCGCUUCAUCAGCUCCCUCACCGAGAUCGACGCCCGCUACGAGGGCCUGGAGGUGGUGUGUCCCACCGAGUUUGAAGUGGUCCUCUACCUCAACCAGAUGGGGGUCUUCAACUUCGUGGACGACGGCUCCCUGCCGGGCUGCGCCGUGCUGAAGCUGAGCGACGGCCGCAAGAGGAGCAUGUCCCUGUGGGUGGAGUUCAUCACGGCGUCCGGGUACCUCUCGGCCAGGAAGAUCCGCUCCCGCUUCCAGACCCUGGUGGCCCAGGCGGUGGACAAGUGCAGCUACCGGGACGUGGUGAAGAUGAUCGCCGACACCAGCGAGGUCCGGCUGCGCAUCCGGGAGCGCUACGUGGUGCAGAUCACCCCGGCCUUCAAGUGCACCGGCAUCUGGCCCCGCAGCGCGGCGCAGUGGCCCCUGCCGCACAUCCCCUGGCCGGGCCCCAACAGAGUGGCAGAAGUGAAGGCGGAGGGCUUCAACCUGCUCUCCAAGGAGUGCUACUCCCUGACCGGCAAGCAGAGCUCCGCGGAGAGCGACGCCUGGGUGCUGCAGUUCGCCGAGGCCGAGAACCGCCUGCUGCUGGGGGGCUGCCGGAACAAGUGCCUGUCCAUCCUGAAGACCCUCCGGGACCGGCACCUGGAGCUCCCCGGCCAGCCCCUCAACAACUACCACAUGAAGACCCUGCUGCUCUACGAGUGCGAGAAGCACCCGCGGGAGACGGACUGGGACGAGGCCUGCCUGGGGGACCGGCUGAACGGCAUCCUCCUGCAGCUCAUCUCCUGCCUGCAGUGCCGCAGGUGCCCGCACUACUUCCUGCCCAACCUCGACCUCUUCCAGGGCAAGCCCCACUCGGCCCUGGAGAGUGCGGCCAAACAGACCUGGAGGCUGGCCCGGGAGAUCCUCACCAACCCCAAGAGCCUGGACAAGCUAUGAGGGCGGCCGAGGGGCUGGACUGCUCCAGUGCGGGCCAAGGGACUGGACUGCUCCAGUGCGGGCCAAACAGGUACUAUUCCAGAGCGGGCCAAAGGACUGGACUAUUCCAGUGAGGUCCAAAGGACUGGACUAUUCCAGUGAGGUCCAAAGGACUGGACUAUUCCAGAGCGGGCCAAGGGACUGGACUGCUCCAGUGCGGGCCAAACAGGUACUAUUCCAGAGCGGGCCAAAGGACACACUUCUAUGAAGGCACUUGCAUAGCAGACAGCUGGGGACACUGCUCACACCGCCUCAGCAAUAACCUCCCCCUGGGACCUGCUGUCUGCAUGGCACAUUAGGGACCUUGUAUUUAUUGUCCCCCAUAUCACACACUGUUCACACCUGUAUCCAGACUGAACAGCGGCUCCCCGGCGGCGCCCCUUCUAAAGGGACCUUUCUGUUCUAGAGAAGGGACUUGUCCUUGCACAGGAGGAGAAGGGGGUCCCCUCUCCUCCCAGACAAUGUGAAUCCACAGAAGCAAUCGGACUUAGAAGGUACAUUUCACAUAAGAUGUAGCCAUCUUCUUUUAUUUUUAUUUUGCCUGAAUGUUUGUCACUAAGUGAACAAAAAAUUAUUUAAACUAUAUAAUGUCUCUUCUAAAAAAAGUUCUAUGUAUAAUAGUGCCAA